AAAUUCCUUAAGGAUAAAGAAUUUCCACUUCUUUCAAUCCUGAUUCCUCUGUUUUAGCUUUCCAUCCGCCAAUCUUAAAGGUGUCCUAAAAGCUUCCAAUAAUGGCGACGAUGAGAGUGUUCGUAACAGCGCCGAUGGAGUUGCUCCUCUUGCUGGUGGCGCUGUUACUUCACUCCGAAGCUGCAAAUACGAACAAUGUGUACCAACCUUGCGCGGACACCAAGAUUCAGAGAUCCGAUGGCUUCUCCUUCGGAAUCGCAUUCUCUUCCAGAGACUCGUUCUUCUUCAAUCAAUCUCAUCAGCUCUCGCCGUGCGACCGCCGUCUUUCUCUGCCGUCGCUCAACUCACAGCUCGCAGUUUUCAGACCUAGAGUAGACGAGAUCUCCCUUCUCACCAUAAAUACUUCCGAUUUCUUUCCGGAUAGUUUUGGUGGUUACAUGGUGGCAUUUGCUGGAAGAAAAUACGCUGCAAGGUCUCAGCCUGCGUUUGUUGCUAACAGCACGUUCAUCGUGACGAGUUUCACCCUGGUACUUGAGUUUGAGAAGGGAAGGCUACAGAACUUGUUCUGGAAGAGAGAUGGGUGCUCUUCGUGCUCGGGCAAGUCCAGAUCUAGUUAUGUCUGCCUCAACAAUCAGGAUUGUGCCAUCAGAACAUCAAGUUGCAGGAACCGAGGAGGCACUGUAGAUUGUAGUCUGGGAAUUCAGCUGACGUUUUCAGGCACAGAUAAGCAUCUGACAGCACUUAACUCCUGGUAUGAAGUUAAAAAUCUUCGGCAAUAUUCCCUCUAUAGCGUGUACUCAAAUCUCAUGGAUUCUCUCACCAGCCAGUAUAACAGGUUCUUCUAACCAGUUAUUCUUCAUAAUUCCUCUUGGGGUCUGCUCAUUUAUUAGUUCUAUACAUUUGACUGUUUAUUUUGGUCUCCUGCCUCUUUUGGCUCCCUUUCCUCCGUAUGGUACAAUCCCAUAUGAAAGUCCAUUUGGACUAAUUACUACCAUUCAAUAUAUACUGAUUCCGUCUCC